AUGGGAAAAAAGAGGGGAUCCGAAAUGAACGUUUUAUUUGGAUGGUUGAUGAAGUUAUCUAUCAAAGUUAAAAUCUUUUUGGGAACAUUGGUUGCGCUUUGUGCUUUGGUGGCUCUAGGUUUUACCAUCAAAGAUCAUGAAUAUUUCUUCGUAGUCGCUGAAGCUGUUCAUCUUGCUGGGACUAUUGUCCUCUUAUACAAGCUCUUCACCAAGAAAACUUGCUCUGGUUUAUCACUUAAAACCCAAGAGAUCACAGCUUUGUACCUAUCAGGAAGAUUAAUUUGUGGCAUGCUGUUGAGAAAUGUUGUUGGCAUCUACAUGUACAUUAUGCUAGACUUGGUAUUUCUCUUGUCAACAUUACUCACAAUAUGGAAGAUAAGGUUCAAAUUGAAGUCCUCCUAUAUUAAAGAGCUUGACACCGUACGAGUGCCUUUUAUGGUGGUGAGUUGUGCAAUCCUUGCGAUAAUAAUCCACCCGCGUUCAAGUGAUUUUUCUUUCACUAACACCCUUUGGGCAUUCUGUGUGUACUUGGAAGCCAUUUCAGUUUUCCCUCAACUUCGUUUCAUGCAAAAUGCAAAGAUGGUUGAAACAUUUACAGGAUACUAUGUGUUUUCGCUUGGUAUUUCAAGAUUCUUGGCAUUGGCUCAAUGGAUAAUUCAGAUCUAUAAGACUCGAGGAACAUAUCUAUUUUUGCUAGGUAGUGGCAAUAUUUGGUUCUUGGCAGCCUUGCUAGCAGAAAUGGUACAAUCGUUUAUUUUGGCUGAUUUUUGUUACUAUUACUUAAAAAGCUUCAAACAAGGCCAACUUUUGAGGAAAAUGCCAAUUUAA